AUGGUGCGCAUACACCAGCAGGGCCCCAAGACCCUCCAGAGGGGCCUCAGCUUUCCCCACGCUGCUCCUCCGCUCACCCUGGCGGCAGCCGCCGCGGGGCCCUGCCGGGCCGGGGACGGAGCCAAGGUGGCGGCGCUGGAGGCGUGUGGGACGGCGGCGGCGGAGUGGCGGAGCGAGAGCGCCGCGGGGGAGGGGAGCGGGCGGCGCGGUCCCGGCGGCGCGGUCCCGGCGGCGCGGUCCCGGCGGCGCGGUCCCGGCGGCGCGGUCCCGGCGGCGCGGUCCCGGCGGCGCGGUCCCGGCGGCGCGGUCCCGGCGGCGCGGUCCCGUGUCACGGUGGGGCGGGGUCUGAGAGAGCAGGUGGCUGGCCUGGGCAAUUACAAGCUGCGAGGGACACGACAGAGCAUGGGCAUGGCAAUGCCGGAGCAGCUGGCCUGACAGCUGGCAGUGGCCAAGGUUUGACGAGUGGACAGGCACUGCUUUGCUGACGUGGCCCUGGCCCCAGCCCAUGGCCUGGGGCUGGUGUUGCUUAAGCCACAGAGGCUCAUGAGCCGUAGCAGUCCCAGCAUCACCAGUGCCAAUGAGCAACUCACUGAGAUCUCCAGGCUCUGCCCAGAAGACAUUUAUCUAGUUCACAAUGGCCUGGACAAGGCCUUGGGCAAGAUGGCAUUCAAGGUGGGAAGCAGUGCAAGGGGACACGACAAGGUCUGAUCCUGCAUCAGGGCUUUGCACUCCAAUGAGAUGGUUUGGCUCAGAGUUGGCACUGGGUUGCUGGAGGGUGAACUGACAGUGUCCGGCUAUGUCCUGGCUCUGUUCAGCAGCAAGUCACUGGAGAAGCUUGAGCAGGUCCUGGCCCAGGCAGCAACAUUACUGCUGGAGCACAUCCCAUCCAUAUUCCCAUUCCUCUUCCAUCAGCCCAAGCGUCUGGUGGAAAGUGAGGAGCAAUGGGAGUGA